AUGAUAAAAAUGGAUAUAAAGUAAUUCUCUAUGCUUCGAUUAAUUGGUAAAGGAGCAUAUGGACAAGUGUUUUUGGCUAAAAAGAAGGAUACUAAUAAAGUAUAUGCUAUAAAAACAUUGAAAAAAAAAGAAAUUGAUAAAAAGAAAUAAGCUGUAUUUAAUCAUUUUUUAGAAUUAGUAACAUGUAAUGAUGGAAAAAACUAUUUUAAAUUAAGCCAAACAUUAAUUUAUUGUUUCCCUCUCAUAUACGUUUUAAUCUGACAAGCAUUUCUAUUUUGUUUUAGAAUAUUGUGCUGGUGGAGAUUUAUUCAGUUUAUUGAGAGUAAAAAGAAAGUUAAAAGAAGAAUAAAUAUAAUUCUAUGCAAUUUUAAUUAUUCAUGCCUUGUAAUUUCUACAUACUUAAAAAAUUAUUUAUAGAGAGUAAAUAUGGAAUUUUAUGUAUAGUUUAAAACCUGAGAAUGUACUCAUAGACGAAAAAGGUUAUAUAAAAUUAACUGAUUUUGGACUUUCUAAAAUAUUACUUUAAGAAAAGGCAGACUCAAUAGUUGGAACUCCUGAAUAUUUAGCUCCUGAAAUUCUUAAUAAAAAUGGAGAUGGAUAUGAUUAUAAAGUAGAUUGUUGGUCCUUAGGAUGUUUACUAUAUGAAAUGAUAGCUGAAUAACCUCCUUUCAUAUCAGAAUAGAGAGAUCAAUUGAUAAAGUUGAUUAAAAUUAAACAACCUGAAUUUAAUUUCCCCAUAUCUAAUGAACUUAAAGAUCUAAUUAUAUGUUUAUUGCAAAAAGACCCAAAAUAAAGACCAUCCUUAAUAGAAGUUAAAGAAUUUCCAUUCUUUAAAAAUGUUGAAGAUUGGCAGUCAUAUUUAUCCUAUAAAAUAAUACCUCCAUUCUUACCUGUAAUUCAUGGACCUGAAGAUGUAAGCAAUUUUGAUCCUGUAAAUGAUUUUAUCAUAACAUUUAGGAAUUUACUUAAUAAGAAUAAUUUGGCUCUCCAAGUGAUGGAUCUAACUCAGACAACAAAUUUCCUGGCUUUUCCGGUAACAAUUCUUAAUAAUGA